AUGAGACCAUGUGAAAUGAGAAAUGACCUUUUGAACCGAUGGGUUCGAUUACGAAGAGAGGAGAAGUUCGCCCAUUAUUGGGAAAUGCCAAAAGAUCCAGGGACAGUUCUCACAUUAGCUGAAGCAGAAAAAUGGAGAAAUUAUCUUGCAAAAGAACUUAAAGAUCACAUCGAAAGAUUAUACACGGAGCCUUUACCUGACGAUGAGACAAGAUAUUUAAACGAUUAUUGCAAUCAAGAAUUACAAAAAAUUAGAAGAUGGGAAUUACGCAUAAUUGAAUUAGGAGGCAUUGAUUACUCAAAAGUUGGUGUGGCCACACCUAAUGGAGAUAUCUUAAAUACUAAUCUUAAUCAAUAUCAAUAUUUCGGUCGAGCUAGGCAACUUCCUGGCGUCAAAGAAUUAAUAGAGCAAGAAAAGCAAAGAAAACAAGAUGAAAUUACAAAGAAAAAAGUUACCAAAGAAGAAUUAAUGAAGAAAGUUGAUGCUGAAUAUUAUGGAUUAGAGGAUGACACUUGGCUCAUUGAAGAAGAACAAAAGUUUGAGAAUUCACUCAAAUCAUGCUAA